UCGCAUUUGUUUGGAGUGUACUGCAGUUCCCAUGAUGCAACUCAACUAAAUUAAGCUGGUCCGUCAGUAAAAUAGGCUCUACUACCCUGAAGGCGAAAUAAAACUAAAAAAUGGCCGCGAUGAAUGAAGAGAAUGGCACGGCUAUGCAUAAUGCGGGGGAGGCGGUAGGACCCUCACUGGCUCGUCAAAAGCUGGAGAACCUGCUGAACAAGAGCAUGCGUAUCCGCAUGACAGACGGACGGACACUGGUGGGACUAUUUCUCUGUACCGACCGUGACUGCAACGUCAUUCUCGGGUCUGCGCAGGAAUUUCUUAAAUCCACAGAUUCCUUCUCACAGGGGGAGCCCAGAGUGCUUGGCCUAGCCAUGAUUCCUGGCCACCAUGUGGUCUCCAUCGAGGUGGAAUCUGACAGCCUGCUUAGCCCACGGGUCAUUUGAAGGAGCAGUAGGGGCAGCCGGUGACUCAAGGACAUGGCCACCCGCAAAACCCUGACAGGGUGCAGGGCUGCCCUUCAUGAAAACUUGACAUUAACUGGCUGUCUACAAAGGCUGCAAGUCCAGUUUUGAUGCAGUCUACACACACAGAACUGCUUAUACAGGCUCAAGAGCAUAGCAAUUCUAUGGACAGCUUACCAUAUACGCCCAACCCUUAUUCAGCAUAAGCUAAACUGGACCCAGCCAUACUACUUUGCAUAUAGGAACUGUGUACUUAAGCAUGUUUUCCAGAGGAAAAAAGAGUGUGUGUCUGUGUGUGUGUGUGUUUUGAUUCUCUGCACAUUUUUAGCAACAACCUUAACCUUCUGUUUAUUACAUUGAAAAUAAACAUUCUAAAUUAUAUUACAAAAGGGUGGUAAUUUAAUUUAUAGAAGCUCAGACUAAAUUUAUGUUCUGAUGGGGUGCGCAGUCACAGGUACAUUAAGUGACAUGCCACCUUAAUCAAUAGGACUUGGAAUACAGGAAAGUGAACUGAAAUCCCCUGAAUGCCACAAGCUUAGUCUAUAAUCAGAACCCUUAUAAUAAGGAAUUAUGUUGUACCCAUAUUUAAUGUUUAUUUCCGGCAAUCUGUUUGGUCAGUUUAUGUAGACCAUUAAAUAUGUUUCACUGCACUUCAGUGCAUUUUGGCAGAAUGGUAAUCACUCAAUUUUUCUUAAGUGUGUCCCAAGUGGAUUCUGCUUAAAAUAAACAAAUAUUUUUGUUCUCAA